GCGGCGGGGACUCCGCGGGGCCUCCCCGGCCUCCCGGUUCUUGCGGCCUGAGGUGGAAGCGGUGGCGUGAAGGCGCUGUGCGCUUGGGGCGGCGGCAGCGAGAGGCAGCCAGCCCAGAGACACCCGCUCUGGGGGUGCCGGCUGCCCGGCAAACGCAGGGAGUGGAAUAAAAGGGAAUUCGGCCAAAAAGCAGCAGGGGAAGUGGUGCUGCCCAUCGGACUAGGCCUAUGGCUGCGGCGAAUCGGUGUAAACCUUCAGCAACCCAUUUUAUUAGGCCCUGUGCUAUUAUUCUAAUACACUGUAGUUUUUGCAAGUGGUUCCUUAAAACGCCUCUGUCAGUAUUUUCUGUUCUACCAGCGGGCAUCCAGUAACAAUGCUACUUGUCCUUUCCUUUAAAUGUUUUGAGAUCUAUGGUUGAAAUCAUCUACUUGCUACAAAUGUCAACAGAAUUCUUAUUCUGGAAGAGGCAAUGCCCGAGUUUUAUUUCUUCGCUGUGUGGGUUUAUCUAAAUACUAUUAUGUGAAUAAGAGUAUCCCACUUCCCACAUCAAAAGCAUUGCCACAAAGUGGGGCUGCUUCUCAGUUAAUAUAAAAAGCGGAUGGAUAAUGCUGUAAUAAUUUACAUUGUGUAUUAUGAUAUUCCUGUUACGCAAAAUGUUGAUCUGUAUAUUAUUUUUCCUAUUAGUUCUGCUGCCUGCAGAGUCAGUUUAGUGCUGCCCACGGUCUGUCUAGUGGAUCAGAGUAGCUCUAAAUACCUCUGACAUAAGUUCAAAAAAAGCAAUGCUUUUUUUUUUUUCCCCUGCAAGGCUGUGUUUUAGCAGCUCUGAACAAACACCUACCCUAGCUCCUCCUCUCCACUGACUUUUGUUUGUUUUAAGGUGUUUCCAAAACCACCUACGUGUAACAGGGAGUUUUAAUUCUGAAAUCCGGCUCUAACAUCCUAGUUGAGUAUGCAACAACUGCAGUCACUGCUAGAAAUAAAAGCUGCUUUUAGCUAAAACUACAGUGGUUUCUCUGGAAAGGCUGACCAACAGUCAAGACAAAAGCUUUGGUAGUCUUCCACAGAUAAUAAAAUUGUUUCUAACAAGUUUUACCAAGAAUGUUAGUGCAGUGGCUACCAAAGAUGACUCAGUGGAGGAAGAGGAAAAAGAAACUGGAAAUGAAUAUUCUUUCUCCUCAACUGCCUAGCCAUUACGGAAAAGUACUUUUCCAGAGAAAGGGCAGCCCAAAGAAACACGUAAACCAUCUUCCAGCUUAAACAGCUGCCGUAAAUUGCGACGGUGGGAGAGGGGCAACAAGCAGGCGGAAUUGCGGGACUCCCCGGAGCCCGGCUGAGCUUGCUCCCGAGGAUCCAUUCCCGCGGCGGGCAGCGAACCGAGCCGCAGCUGAGCCCUGCCUCCAGCACCGGGGUGAUAAACAGAGAAGUUGACCAUGACAACCUUCCUGGAAUUUAUCCAGCAGAAUGAGGACAGAGAUGGAGUUAGAUUCAGCUGGAACGUUUGGCCUUCAAGUCGUCUUGAAGCCACAAGAAUGGUAGUCCCGGUGGCUGCUCUCUUCACGCCACUGAAAGAACGGCCAGACUUGCCUCCUAUUCAGUAUGAGCCAGUUUUGUGCAGCAGGACCACGUGUCGAGCGGUUCUGAAUCCUUUAUGCCAAGUGGAUUAUCGAGCAAAACUCUGGGCUUGCAACUUUUGUUAUCAGAGAAAUCAGUUUCCUCCUACCUAUGCUGGCAUAUCUGAAAUGAACCAGCCAGCUGAACUUUUACCUCAGUUCUCCAGCAUUGAAUAUGUAGUGCAGCGUGGUCCUCAGAUGCCUUUGAUAUUUCUUUAUGUUGUGGACACAUGCAUGGAAGAUGAAGACUUGCAAGCUCUGAAGGAAUCCAUGCAAAUGUCGCUUAGUCUCCUGCCACCAACUGCGUUAGUAGGUCUCAUUACCUUUGGCCGAAUGGUGCAAGUUCAUGAGCUUGGCUGUGAAGGAAUUUCCAAAAGUUAUGUCUUCAGGGGAACAAAGGAUCUGUCUGCAAAACAGCUGCAGGAAAUGCUAGGGCUUACAAAAGCAGCUGUUUCACAAGUCGGUCGGGGUCCUCAAGUGCAGCAGCCACCACCUUCUAACAGAUUUUUGCAACCAGUGCAGAAAAUUGAUAUGAAUCUUACUGAUCUUUUGGGUGAACUGCAACGGGAUCCUUGGCCCGUUCCACAAGGAAAACGGCCCUUACGUUCUUCUGGAGUAGCUCUUUCUAUAGCUGUAGGGCUCCUUGAGUGCACUUUUCCUAAUACCGGUGCACGUAUAAUGAUGUUCAUUGGAGGACCAGCUACGCAAGGACCUGGCAUGGUUGUAGGGGACGAAUUGAAGUUACCUAUAAGAUCAUGGCAUGACAUUGAAAAAGACAAUGCUAAAUAUGUUAAAAAGGGUACUAAGCAUUUUGAAGCCCUGGCUAAUCGGGCUGCGACAAAUGGUCAUGUUAUUGACAUAUAUGCGUGUGCAUUGGAUCAGACUGGUCUUCUGGAGAUGAAGUGUUGUCCCAACUACACUGGAGGCUACAUGGUGAUGGGAGACUCUUUCAAUACAUCUUUAUUCAAACAAACCUUUCAGAGAGUUUUCACAAAAGAUAUGCAAGGACAAUUUAAAAUGGGAUUUGGUGGCACAUUAGAAAUAAAGACUUCAAGAGAAGUAAAGAUUUCUGGAGCGAUUGGACCCUGUGUCUCACUCAACUCUAAAGGACCUUGUGUCUCAGAAAAUGAGAUUGGAACAGGAGGUACCUGUCAGUGGAAGAUUUGUGGACUUAAUCCUACUACAACACUUGCACUGUACUUCGAGGUGGUCAACCAGCACAACGCUCCCAUUCCUCAAGGAGGACGCGGCGCAAUCCAGUUUGUGACUCAGUACCAGCAUUCCAGCGGGCAGAGGCGUAUCAGAGUGACCACAGUUGCCAGAAACUGGGCAGAUGCACAGACGCAGAUUCAAAACAUCGCUGCAUCUUUUGACCAGGAAGCCGCUGCCAUUCUCAUGGCUAGAUUGGCCGUGUACAGGGCAGAGACAGAAGAGGGGCCUGAUGUGCUUAGGUGGCUGGACAGACAACUUAUACGACUGUGUCAGAAAUUUGGAGACUAUCACAAGGAUGAUCCAAGCUCCUUCAGGUUUUCGGAAACCUUUUCACUUUACCCGCAGUUUAUGUUUCACUUGAGAAGAUCUCCUUUCUUACAAGUUUUUAAUAACAGUCCAGAUGAGAGCUCAUACUACCGCCAUCAUUUCAUGCGUCAGGAUCUAACCCAGUCGCUUAUCAUGGUUCAGCCGAUUCUUUAUGCCUACUCUUUCAAUGGACCUCCAGAGCCUGUUCUUCUGGAUAGCAGCAGCAUUUUACCAGAUCGCAUUCUCCUUAUGGACACCUUUUUCCAGAUCCUCAUUUAUCAUGGAGAGACCAUAGCUCAGUGGCGUAAAUCAGGUUACCAAGAUAUGCCGGAAUAUGAAAACUUUCAUCACUUGCUACAAGCUCCAAUAGAUGAUGCCCAAGAAAUUCUCCAUUCCAGAUUUCCAAUGCCCAGAUACAUUGAUACAGAACAUGGAGGAAGCCAGGCUCGUUUCCUGCUUUCAAAAGUAAAUCCCUCUCAGACUCAUAACAAUAUGUAUGCGUGGGGACAGGAGUCUGGAGCACCCAUUCUUACUGAUGAUGUCAGCUUGCAAGUAUUUAUGGAUCAUCUGAAGAAACUUGCUGUCUCUAGUGCUGCCUGAGAUUCUGCAGUGCGUUAAAGGCACAGAUAAGCUGUAGCCACAUUUCAGCUUUUUUCUCCUUUCCCCUUUUCCAUGUCUCUCUUGACAGAAUGCUCUGAUAUGCACAAGCUGCCUGACUUAGAUGUAAAGCAGUGUUGUUCUCAAAGGAAAGCUUUUGUUAUCAGCAAAUGUUUUAAUGUGAAUUGCUGUUUGUAAAAAUGACAGGUAGUAGAUUAAAUUAAGUUAUAAUUAGAGGAAAAAGAACAGUCGUUUUGGUGACUGUGAUACUGUAAUUACUUUGAGAUCAUUUAUAACAACUUGGCUAUGUGAUUUCAGUUUCCUUUUAAAAUGGUUGAGGUUGAUUCUGCGUUGCAUUACAAAGGCACGUUGAACAAUAAAGGAGAUCUUUGGUGAUGUUAGGCCUUCCAGACUGCCAUAUACCUCUGCCUACUCAAAUUGAGCAUGAAGUGAACAAAGAAGCAACAAAAAGCGUAUAAAAAUAGUAUUAACUCAGUCUCUUGGCUUGGGCUGCCGAACUUUUCUUUCCUGCAGAGAUAUUAUUGUUUAUGUAUUGUUCAUUUUAGGAGUAUUUAAUGUCAAAUAUUGCUUCCCACUUACCCUGCUUGAUUCUUGGGAACAGUGUUUUUCUUUAUUUCCAUAUAAAGAAUUUGAACUGAAAAAGUAAAAAAAAAUACGUUUUUGCACAAAAUUGAAAUCCACAUGUUGUAUUUUUGACAAAGGUAUCUAUUCUCAAACACAGUAACAGGUGAAUAUGCUCAAAAGUUAACACUUUUAGCUUGAGCUAAGAAGUCCUACACUACCAAAAUGAACUGACUGAGUACAGCCUUGAUUUUUGUCUUGGCAAGUACACUUUAAAAAAUAAAAAUUUACCUUUUUUAUUAUUGCCUUAUAAUGUUAUUACACUAAUGCAUGACACUGCACAUCUGCUUUUUGUUUCUGCAUCCUUUUUGUUAUGAAUUCAACAGGCUGUAGUUCUUGUUGAAACAGUAUUAUAUAGAAUGUGAUGUAAUUAAUUUGCUAUUUAGUUCAUACUUGAUUUUUUGGGGGUGGAUAAAUUUGUAGGCUUUCCCAUUUAUUUGUUGAAGUUUACACAUAAACCAGAUGUUUACAUAGGUAAUAUGACAUUUUGACAAGUAAAGAUGUGAAAUGUGGUAGUGGGCAAUAAAACAUUGUGCCAAGUCUAAAGGAAGAGAGACAAGAGUUUUGACAUAGGAAAUUCAAUCAUAUACUGAUAUGAUAAGCGUGAGAGUUUUUUUCUGUUUUCUGUAAAUUCUCAAAAACUUGAUUAAAUAAAUUCCUCUCCAUUUCUUUGAUCUAGACAAGAUGAGCUCCUUUUGCCUCAAUACAAAUAAAAUACAUGGUUUUCUCUCA